AUGACGAAAGCUUGGAUAGUAUAUUGGCUAUCUUUUUGUUUGUUUUAUUUUGAAGUUGUAAGAGGAAAGAAUAUUGCAACAAAAUGGGAUAAUUUAAAAAAUUUAAAUACUGGAAAUAAUGGGCAAAUACAAAUUGAUACUUUAAUAAAUAAAGGUAUGAGGGAUAACAAUUUAGAUAAAAGAACAAAAAAAAGUCGUAUGAAUAAAAAUAGUAACAAAUUACGUAAUACUAAAAAAAGUAACAUAAAAAAAAAUGGCAUAAGUAGGCAUCAAUCGUCAAAUAAUCAUACAUUUUUAAGUCUAAAAACUAAAGUUAAAACUGAUAAUGAUGAUAAUGAAAGUAAUGAAGAAACAAUAGAAUUAUCCACUGAUAAUGAAGUUAAUAAUAUAAUGCACAAUCAAAUGAAUGUAUUAAGAGAUAUAACAGAAAAAAUUAAAGAAGACAAAACUGUUAAAAAUAUUGGGCAAAUUAAUAUAAUAGAUAUUCCAACUAUUGCCCAGGAAGAACGAAAAAUAGACGAUUUUUAUGAAUAUGAAAAUAAAACUAUUCAAAAUAUUAGAAAAAACAAAGAAAAUAUUUAUAAAAUGAUAAAUAAUGAUUUAGAUAUUUUAUUAAAACCAGCUCAAAAGGAAUAUAUGAAGGUAGCAAAAGGUAUCAAGGACAAUUUACUGCAUGAAUACGAAGAAAUACUUCAAGAAGAAUUGUUAGAAGAAUGA